AAGAGGACGGUGAGAAACACCUCAUGUCAUCUCAAAAGUCGGCGGCCAUCGCCUCCGCAGGCAGCAGGUCAAGCAGUAGAAUCGGUCUGGCUUUCGGGCAAGCGGGAGUUAGCGUGGGAGAGGGACGGUUGGCGGAGGGAUAGGCGGGGAGAAGGCAGCGAGGCGGUCUUCCUGUGAGGGCUCCUUUAACGGGGAGUCGCCGCGACACGGAGCAAAAUGUCGGAGCUGAGCUGCACCGCCAACGACUCGACCUUCCAACGGCUUUUAUGACCCGCGGUUAAGCCGCUGUUUACAUGUAUUUAUUAAUUGCUUCUGUGAAGUUAACUUAUUAAAAGUUUUUUCUUUCUUCGAUGGAAAGAUGGAUGUUACUCCUCCUUAGUGCCUACAGAAAAGAUUUUGCACCCUGUGACCCAGAUGAAGGGAGAUGGGAAGGAGACCUGGUCCAAACUUGGUCAGUGCCACUUUGUACCCAAUCCCAGCUGUCUAAAUCUCUGACAGUCCACUAGCGCUAUGCUAGUCAACCAUUAGCACUGAAACGAAAUCAAGAACAACUUUCAGAAUGCCUGUACAAGCAUCACAGUGGACAGAAUUCCUCUCCUGUCCCAUCUGCUACAAUGAGUUUGAUGAGAAUGUGCACAAACCAAUUAGUUUGGGCUGUGGGCAUACUGUCUGCAAAACCUGCCUGAAUAAACUACACCGGAAGGCAUGUCCCUUUGACCAGACUGCUAUCAACACAGACAUCAAUGUUCUUCCUGUGAAUUUUGCACUUCUGCAGUUAGUUGGCGCACAGGUCCCAGACCAGCAGACUGUGAACCUGAGUAACUUGGCUGAAAAUAAACAUUACGAGGUUGCAAAGAAGUGUGUGGAAGAGCUGGCACUCUACUUGAAACCUCUUAGUGGAGGCAAGGGUGUUGCAAGUUUAAAUCAGAGUGCACUGAGCAGACCAAUGCAACGGAAACUAGUUACCCUGGUUAACUGUCAGUUGGUAGAGGAGGAAGGACGUGUGCGAGCAAUGAGGGCAGCAAGAUCACUUGGGGAAAGAACGGUUACAGAACUCAUUCUGCAGCAUCAGAACCCCCAGCAGCUGUCUGCCAAUUUGUGGGCUGCCGUCCGGGCCAGAGGUUGCCAAUUUUUGGGACCAGCUAUGCAGGAAGAAGCUCUUAAACUAGUCUUGCUUGCAUUAGAAGAUGGGUCAGCACUCUCCAGGAAAGUGCUGGUUCUCUUUGUUGUUCAAAGACUCGAACCACGGUUUCCUCAGGCAUCCAAAACUAGUAUUGGUCAUGUCGUACAACUCUUGUACCGUGCAUCAUGUUUCAAGGUUACAAAAAGGGAUGAAGAUUCUUCUCUAAUGCAACUGAAAGAAGAAUUUCGUACUUAUGAAGCUUUGCGCAGGGAGCAUGAUGCACAGAUUGUUCAUAUUGCCAUGGAGGCAGGACUUCGAAUUUCCCCUGAACAAUGGUCUUCCCUUUUGUAUGGAGACUUGGCACAUAAAUCACACAUGCAGUCCAUCAUUGAUAAGCUCCAGUCUCCCGAAUCUUUUGCAAAGAGUGUGCAGGAAUUGACUAUUGUCCUGCAGCGGACAACUGAUCCUGCCAAUCUGAACAGGCUUCGAUCUCAUCUUGAACUAUUAGCAAAUAUAGAUCCAAACCCAGAUGCUGCAGCUCCAACAUGGGAACAACUAGAGAAUUCAAUGGUGGCUGUAAAAACAGUUGUUCAUGGGCUUGUGGAUUUCAUCCAGAACUUCAGUAAAAAAGGUCAUGAAGCACCACAACCACAGCCAAACAGCAAAUAUAAAACCAGCAUGUGCCGAGAUCUUCGACAACAAGGAGGUUGUCCUCGUGGUGCCAAUUGUACCUUUGCUCACUCCCAAGAGGAAUUGGAAAAGUAUCGGAUGCGGAAUAAGAAGAUUAAUGCUACAGUCAGGCCCUUCCCUCUAUCACAAGCGCUUCAGAACAAAGUUGGAAUUGCCAAUAUAGUCACAACAUCUGCAGGAAAUAUAGUCUCUGUAACAGGAGCCACUGAAACCACUGUGAAAAUGGUGCAGGCAACAAAUGGGAUAAUUAGCCCAGAAAGUACUACACCACAACUAAUACCACGAUGUGCAGAUACCUCAGCUUCUUUGGAGAAUGCUAAGAAAAUUGGACAAAACUGUCUGAGCACACCUGGAUCACUAUCUGGUUCACCACCAGAAACUAAAAUUGGUUCACCUCCCAAGACGCUUCUCAACCAGGUGCUCCCUACUUCAGCUGUAAUGUCAUCACACAUUGGACCAGAUGUGACUGCUCUACCAUCUGUAAAAUCUGUGUCAAGAGUGUCUGUGUACCCUUCGCAGCAACCCGAUUUGUACUAUCCAGACCCCAGAGCAACAGUUUCCUAUGAACUGCCUGCUUACCAACAACCAGGAGGAUAUUACCCUCCACAUACUGGUCUACCAUCUGGUGUGUCUGCUUGUCUUCCCCGCUAUGUACGUCCCAACAGUAUGCCAGAAUCCCCUCUCCCACCCACUGUGCCAUUCACGGACCACUACAAUGCAUAUCCACCACGAGAACGACUAGCAUCCUCGCCCUACCCGACAGGCCCACCCCAGCAGUAUGGUUCUGUUCCUGCGGUCCCUUCUGGAAUGUAUGCCCCAGUCUAUGAUAGCAGACGCAUGUGGAGGCCACAGAUGUAUCCACGGGAUGAUGUCAUGCGGAGUAAUUCUUUGCCUCCGAUGGAUGUGGUACCUUCAGCCACCUACCAGCAUCCACCACGAGAACGAUACAGCUCACUUGAUGGAUAUUGUUCUAUGGCUGGGCAACCAUCAAAUGAACAGAGGAGCAUCGCCAUGCAGAGAGAAGCGUACAGCCGGAUGCAGCAGCCAGGCUUCGAUGACCUGUUAAGACGGAAACAAGAUCAAUGGGCUCAAUAUUCUACUCAGAAGCCUCCACUUGUCUCUUCUGCUUUGUCUACAGUAGCACAACCCUCAGCUCCUCCAUCCCCCUUGUUCAGUGUGGAUUUCAGCUCAGAGUUCUCUGAGAAUACGAGUGACUUGUGUGUCAGCACCAAAAUUGAUGAUGACAACAUGUCCCACUACUCUCCAUGGUCCUGUGGGACAAUUAGUUCUUGUAUUAGUGCAAUGGAGUCUGAUCCCAAGAAUGUCAUGGCAACCACCAACGUAGAGAUAUUGGACCUUAAUGUGAAACGAAGUCUAAAUAUGUUUGGCCCUCAAAAAAGGGGAAAGGAUGAAGAUCCUAUAAUUCCAUUUGGUGACGGACCGAUCAUCUCUAAAUGGGGUGCAAUUUCCAGGUCUGCCCGCACAGGUUAUAACAACACAGACCCAGUCCAGGCUACAGCUUCCCAAGGAAGUGCUACAAAGCCCAUUAGUGUAACAGACUAUAGUCCGCAUGUGAGUCACGCUGAUUCUAGUAGCUGGAGUUCUCAAGUCCUUUCAUAUGGAUCAAAUUCCACUACUGGUCAAUACUUAAACAGGAACAGAUUGAUGGAUAUAUCUGUCCAUAGGCAACAUCCUAAUGGUGGAGAUCAAUUAAAUGUUGAACUACACCAGAGGGAAUUUACAGAGGUUUCUGCAGAUGAUCAAGAUAUAGAAUUGGAGCUUUCCGCUUUGGAAACUGACGUGGAUCAAGAUGAAGGAAUAGAGGAUGUUCUAGUUAUCGGCUCUCAAGGUGAUCUGACUAUUGACGUAAUGUCUGAAAAUGGACAUCAUAAACACCAAGGUAAAGAGCAGGAGGAGCAGGGCCGCAGGAUUGCAGAGCAAAUUGCGAUCAAGGAGGAACAGAAGAUGAUGCCUAUGACAUCUGGCUUUAACCAGCCCAUCACAGCCUCGGUUGGCUUCAUUACCGCCCCCGCUGUGACUUCUUCCUUCAGCAUCAAUAACUUGGCCCUGAAAACAUCUGCAGUCAAGCUAGCAGAAGAUAUGAAUGUGACAACUAAUGGCGAGGCUCUAGUUAAUGGGAGCUGAAGCAGUCUGCGUUUGCACCAACACCUAAAAGCAAUUAAUUUUGCUUUCUAUAUAAUAUAAUAUAUAACACAUUUCUUGUGUACAUAUUAUAUUAUGUAUUUUUUUAAAGAACAAUGUGAGGGCAUCAAAUUCCUGUGGACUUUUUUGAUACUAUAAAAGCCCUCUAGCAUUAACCAUUUUGACAGUACAAUUAACUUUAGUCAGACACUAGUUUAAAUUCCAGUGAACCUUGGGAUUUGGACAUUAUUCUACUUAAUGCUUUAAUGCAGCCUUUUAUGAGUCUGUUGUGAGCCAGUGCAUUAAUCUAGCCGUUCUUAUUCACAAUGGCUAAUGUGGAACGUAAACAACUCAGUUGUUGACCAGCAGGGCAUUGCAGCAACACACCUGGUGAAAAUUAACCAUAAUUUUACCUCCUCUUCAAUUUAUUUAUAAACCUUUGUGUACAAUUCACACAAAAUUGUAAGAAGGUAAUGGCUUGGAAAACUGUAUUUUUGAGCUGUUAUUGUAAGAUGUAUUCAUGGCAUUGUUGCACUUUUAUUAAGAACUUGUUUUAUUAGACGGUGGAAGGAGGAUGCUUUUCAGCUUUUUUAAAUGCAUAAUUAGAGUUUCAAAAUAUAGUAUCCAAUAAAUUCUGUGGGCUACAAUAUGAACAAAAGAUUCACCCUGGAAAUGUCUCUAGCUUAGUGUUUAGGUUAUUUCUAUACAUGAAAUGUUAAAAAUUGGGGUGGUAAUACUGAAGCAAUGUGUUAUAGUCACAUUGAAUAGUCAAGUUGUGCCUUAGGAUGAAUCUGAAUAUCUGCCGAGCAUCAACUACACACUGGUUAAAGUAGUAAUUAAAUGGCUUCGAGCUGGAUAUACUCCGAUCAGAAUGCAUCUGUGGAGAGAGAAAUAGAAUUAACAUUUUCAGUAACUGAGUUAUCUCCUUGCUCUCUUCACUAUUACCGACCGAUUUGAGCUUUUCCAACAUAUAUAGUUUGUACUUCAAGUUUAUAGCACCUGCAUUAUUUUGCCUUGUGCUUCGUGACCAAAUGCUUUCCUCGUUCUUUGUACUAAUGAUUCACACUAAGCAUCUAAAGUAUAAAAAGAAAUCAGUCAUUUUACACUUAAAGACAUUUCUUCAUGCUCAUAGAAUGCAAAUAUAUCCAUUAGUGCUAAGAUUAGUAGUAAUGGGAAGUUAAUUUGAUAUCGCUGUACUUUGUAGUUUGUAUGGAGCACACUGACCAGCUGCAGAUACUGAAGAGCAAGUAGUGGAACUACCACUUCUGCCCUCUCCCCAAAAGCACACCAAAGACAAAAUUGCAAAUUGUUCCCAGCUCAUUAGUUCCUGCCUCAAUCCUUUAUGUUGUUAUAGAGGUUUUGAUUCCUGAAUUCCUCAACAAUUAGUACCCAGAUACUAAUUCCCUGUGAUAAGCCAUGAAUUUAGAGUUGCUUGAUUGCCAAUGUUAAAUUAUGACAGAAGACAUCUCUACAAUUGGUUUUCAUAAGUACGACAGUGAUUUUGAUAGAGUAGGUCAUAGUUGUAUAUGUAGUAUUUUUAAUUGUUUUACAGAACGAUUCUGAUUUUUCCUGACGCUAUAUGUGGUGUGCACUGAGCAAGGUGAAGACUUUAUUUUGGAACUCCUGCAUUGUGUGGUGUUUGCACUGAAUGAUAAGCCAGUGUACUUACUGGCCUCUUUCCUGCCCUAACUCGCCUAAGAACUUCUGAUGGCUUGCACUGUGUACUUUCUUCAUAAUGGUUCAAUAUAUUGCUACAAGUGUCUAAAAGUACUGUAAUAAAUUUGAGCAAUCCAAAGUCCUGCCUCACACAAUCCAGUUCAUGUAAACGUCCUCCAUUUGAUCAAAAGUAAAUACCAAAAAAAUGGUAAUAGUUGUAUUUGAAGGUGAUGCGAUCUGCAAUAAUCAUGAUGUUUUGUUUAAACUUGGGGAUAAUUUAUCUCUGCCACUUUGCACGUUCACUGGAUUCUGGGAGAGUGAUGGAUUUAUUAUAUAAUCCCUGGGCACUGACAGUGGAAAUAUUUUAAUAUUGUUUACAAUAAUUUGCAGCUGUGAGAUUUAAGAAGUUAAGGGCAUUAUGUUUGUUUUAACUUCAUAGCUUUUUUUUAAACAUGCACUUCUGAGUAAUUGCUUAACUGAAGAAAAACAGAAAAGCUCUCUGGCUCUCCUCUAUUCAUUAAAUGAUCUACUUUAUAAUUAAAUUUAUAUUCCAGUUCUUUGAGAAGUUAAAUUGGCUUAGUUUACAUAACUAAGACCAGCAUUUUUUUUUUUGGAGGGAGUAACUAGAGCAUUUGUUUGGAAAAGAUGAUAAAAGAUUAGUUUUUUUUUUAAACAAUUCUUUUGAUUUUUCUAGUCUGUGUUCAUCUUGUUAACUUUGUGUGUUUUGGAUCAAACCAUUGCAAAUUAAACAGCAAUUGUUAGCAGUGUGUUAGCGAUUCCUACACUUAAAAAAAUAAUAAAAAAAAGCUGUUUCAUGUAAGUUCUUUUCUGCAAGUUUGCUGUUGGCUAUUGGCUUAAUUUAACAGUGCCCUCCAGUCUCUAUCUCUGUUGAACUACUGUUUUUGCUUUUACAUUUUGAGAUUUGGUUGUUGAUGACUUCUGUGAAGUUGAUUGUUCUGAAAAUCGUACUGGGAUAUUUUAAACUAAGCAUGAUUUUCACCAGGUAGCUGCAAAGGAGGUGUUCUGCUGGGCAACAACUUCUGCAAGAUCAUGUUUUUGGUCAUCGGAGUUGUUAAAAUGCUACAUAAUACCACAACAAAGUGUCGGAGUUUUUAAAGAAAAGUUUUGUGCACUUGCCUGAGGGUUGACUUUUUUUCUGGAGGUUAAUUGCACAGAGUGAUGAGACAGAUUGCUGCUUGAUGUUUAUGAUUCCAUUAGGCAGCACCAUGAAAUCUUUUCCUAUUUAUAAUAGGAUUUAUAUCGGUUUUUGUAAUGAAGGAGUGAUAUUGUCCAUUUAGAUUUUUUGUGGGCCUCCAUGCUCAGUAUUCUAUACUGAAGCUUAGAUUUUGGGAUCUAUGCACCUAUUUUAGUCUGAAAUAUCAAUCUUUGAUUAUAUUGUUUUAGUCCACGUCUGGACAUGCAGAAAUUUUAAGAUCUGGAUGCUGGCAUGAUAGCUGAUAAUAAGCAAUCUAAAGCAACUGCAAACCAUUUUGCAAACUCUCCUCCAAUGCAGUCAUUUAAUUUUCAACCAAAGCUGCUCAGAAUGAUGUGAAUUCACAUAAACCAAAACAUGCACCAUGCAUUUAGCAGCUGGUGUAAGUCAUGAACAUAAGUAGCAUAGGAACAAUAUUCAAUGUAAAUUUUCUGUAAGAAAAACAAUGUUUCCCAGUGAUACGUGUUGUAUUUUCAUCUAAAAUUUCCAGUUUUAGUUUAGCUGUCUAGAUACAUUAUCAAUAAACAGAUUUGAAAGUCUUCAUAACUCAAAUACUCAGUAACCACCAGAGUUGCACACAUUACUGAUUAUUGCUUAUGGAUGUGUUAAUUAUAAAUAAUAGUUGCUUUGUUGCUGUAACAGGUAAAUGCCUAAUUGAGCAAUCUAUUUAUUUUUCACAAAUAAUAAAAGUUUUAACUCUGUGUGUGAGGCUUUCUCGCAGGAAGGACUAAACUCAGGCAUAGGUAAUGGAAAAUAUGGGCCAAGCUCCAAAUCACUGAUAGACCCGCAAAUAUAGAAGCAAGGGUGGUUUAAACGUGCUUUGUUAUCCCUGCCGGAGUUAUUUUGGUCCACAUUUUCCUCGAGAAAUGAACUAGCCUUGGAGUAAAAAAUCAAUUAUUGCUGUAAUACAUAUUCCCUGCCACCUAGGGGCAUCAGUGAAUUGGAAAUGGUUGCUUUAUUCCUCGAAUGGUAGGUAGCAAGCUGGUCCUGUUAGAUACAUUUUCACCAACACGACAACCUGAUUCCUCGACAACCUAAUUUUAUGAGAGCUCUCCCACCAACAUUCCCAUUCUUCCCUCCCUCCCCCUUUACCACAACCACCACCACUUGUAGGAAUCCAGAGACUAAACAUAUGGAUCACUUCUUAAAUUGUGUUAAUUUUGAGGUAUUUCCACAUGUUACUAGUUUUGCUAAUACCUGAAGAUGACCAAGAUGUAACAGAAGCCCAGGAUUAUUUGACUAGCUUUUUUUUUUUUAAAUCGCAGUCCUCAUGGAAAUAAUAACCCUCUAUGCUACAAAACUACAAGUAACAUCUACAGAAGAUUGAGGGUGAAUAAAUAUCACACAAAUUAAUUAGUACUUUAACUUUUGUUCGAGUUUAAAGUUGCAUACUUUUACCAAAAAAAAUAAAGCUUGGUUGUGUUCUGCUGGAGGGGUUUGGGGAAACUGGUUGUUUUAUUUUAAACAAAUAAUGCACGUUAACAGUGAGAACGAAUUAUAAUUUUGAGGUUCACCAGCGUUAGUUUUUAUUUCGAAGGUGGAAUUCUCUCCUGUGCAGUUACUGCUGCAUGGGUCCAAGAAUUACUUAAAGAAUUUGGUCACCUGCACAUAUCCCAUUAACCUAUUCAGUGAAGGCCUCGGUUAAUCAAAGGCAUGGAAAUGCAUGCAGUUCCUUAGCUGGGCACAAAAAAGUACAUUAUACUGUAGUUGUGAUACAACACACAUGGUUCUUCUUUGUACUACACGUGCCCACUGUACAGCCACUUGAAGCAUUGUGGUUAGCUUGCAGCAUUUGCGGUCUGCAUUUAUGCCGUUUUGCAUAUUCUUUUCCCUGGAAGUUAUGAGAGGACAAAAGUUUUCUUGCUGCAAAAUGACGUUUUUUAGAAAAAUUGCUUAGCUGGAAAAGUUGGGAAAAGAGGCCUGUUUUGUCAAUUGUACAACCAAUUGUGGAGCUGGUGUGUGAAUAUUUUACGUCUGUAUUAGACAUUUUCUUUGCAAAUCUAUUGUUCGAUUGAAUUGUAAAUGAAAUUUAAGAUGGUACACCGUCAUGUAUAAAGGAGGCACCAUCAAUAAGAUGGAUUUAAUGGUCAUUUUUACUACACCUACUUGGCUUAUUUAAAAUGUAUAAUUUUUAAGAAAAUGCUCUGUAAAUUAAAUAGGGAAUAAAUUCUAUUCCAUUUGUUAAUUUCAAUUUGACUUCCAAAUUGUUGGUAAUCCAUUAUCCUAUUUUUUUGUUUUAGGAAUAGAAUGGAAUAUGAAUGCUAGGCCAUUUGGGUCUGUAAUGGAUUAGUUUUGUGAUACUGGAUAGCAAAGUUUGCAUUCUGUGUACAAAACCUUGUUCGCUGUAGUACUGAACUGCAGAGCUAAUAGCUUGGGAUGUACACUAGAAUAGAGUAUCAUGAAUUUCAGUGUUUGAAAGAUGAUUGAUGGGACAGUUUGCAGUACUUGAAUGUAUUUGCAUGCAUAACAAUAAAAUUAUUUGUCAAUUAAAA